CCAACGGUUUUUAAGUGAAUCAGUCGUUAUUAUCUGUCAUUAUGACGACUUGGAACGCGACUGGCCCAAUCUACUUUCUUUUUUGUCUGAAAAACUUUCUUCACCUGAUUUUGGGAUUGUUUCCGGAGUUCUCCUCACGGCCAGCUCCUUGUUUAAAAAAUAUUCCACUGAAUUUCGAUCUGAUGAGCUCUGGCGACAAAUUGCAUAUGCCUUAAAAAUCUUUGCCGAGUCCUUCACGAAGUCCGCUAAUAACAUAGUCACGAAGCUGCUAACUUUGCAAGAGCCAAAGGAAAUUCUUAUGGUACUGGGCUUAUGCGAAGAAAUACUGAAAAUCUUUUAUUAUUUAAACUUUCAGGAUCUCCCCGAAUACUUUGAGGACAACAUGCCGCUGUGGAUGCACAUGCACCAAACUCUGUUGGACUAUCACAACAAUUCUGUGGUUUCUCAAGACGUUCCUGGGCCCCUUGAAGGUGUAAAAAGCCAAGCUUGUGAAAAUAUAUCGUUGUACGCCUCAAAAUAUGAUGACGCGGAUUCCCCUUUUGGGAAGUACAUACCGUUAUUUGCGGAGAAAAUUUGGGGCUUAUUAACGAGCGUGGGGCCUGAAGCCAGUUGCGAUAGCAAAGCGAUAUUGUUGCGUUUGAUAUUGAUUGUGAAGAAUACAUUAAGUGCGAUAUUGAAGGCUCCGAUAUUGGCACCCGGCGAAGAGCUACCUGUGACUUGGUGCAAACUUUACGUGUACGCUUUCCUGAGCGUGUGACUGAACUGUUUUAUAAAUAUGUCAUGCAUAUGCUGGAUAUUUACAGGCAACAUCCUAAGGAUUGGCUUGCGAAAGACACUGCUAUACACUUGGUGAUUUCCCUCGCCGUCGUCGGCUUUGUGGAGCGUUUUGGAACCACCAAAACUAAUAUGUUUAUUGAUAUUACAUCUUUUUAUACCACCCACAUUCUGCCUGAACUUCAGAAUGACAACCAGAUGAACGCUUUGCUUCUAGCUGACUGCGUGAAGUUCAUCAUCACGUUUCGUAAUCAGAUCCCCAAGCAGUUUUUGUUGGAUAUCCUUCCUUUGCUACAGCGACGCCUACUCUCCCCUUCCUACGUCUUGAAUUCUUAUUGCUCUAUUUGCAUCGAACGUAUAUUGUUCCCCCGACUCGUUUCUUCAACGGAUGGAAGAGGAUUCGAAAAUGUUACGAAGGGUGAUAUCCGGACGUUAACUCCGGGGCUGCUGACCUCCCUUUUCUCGCUGUUAGACACUGACGAGUCUAAGGAAAACCAGUAUGCCAUGAAAGCGGUAAUGCGAGUGAUCUCAGUCUCACAGAGCGAAGCAGCUUCCUUUGUUGAGUCCCUGCUUGAUAAAAUUUGCAACAAACUAUACAGCGUGGCCAAGAACCCCGGCCGUCCUGACUUUAAUCACUACUUAUUUGAAACGCUUAGCGCGGCUAUUAAGUACUCGUGUGAGUCAAACCCCUUGGUGGUUGCAGCCUUUGAAGAAAAGUUAUGGCCGACCUUUACAUGGAUUCUGGAGCAGGACGUGGAAGAGUUUAUUCCUUACAUUCUCCAACUGAUUGGGCAGCUUCUUGAUUUGAAUCAGUCAAUCCCCCAUCGUUAUUUAGAUAUGUUCCCGAUUUUUCUCCGUCCGGUUGUAUGGGAACGAAUAGGUAAUGUUCCUGCCCUCACGCGAAUUCUGCAAUCCUUUUUAUUAAAAAGUGGUCCCCUUAUUUGCGGCGAUGAAAACACUUUGUUAUUGGUCCUCGGCUCGUUCCAAAAGCUCAUUUCCAGCAAAGCGAAUGAUCAUUUAGGCUUUGAAAUUUUAAACACAUUAUUACAUUCGGUGCCGCGCAAUCUCUACGAACAGCAAGUUUGUCCCAUAUUUCAUACAAUUUUUAAAAGAUUGAGCCUUGCGAAGACCACGAAGUUUUGCGAUUGCGUCCUCGUAUUUAUUUCGAUUUUAAUCUCGAAACUUUCUCCGGAUGAAGUCAUUGUUAUGGUUAAUGGCAUCCAAAGCGGGUUGUUUUCGAUGGUGCUAGAUUCCUUGUUUCUUAAAGAACUGAAGUUUAUAAAAGCAAGAAGAGCGCGAAAGGCUUGCGCAGUUGGUAUUACACAUCUUCUUACUAAAAGUUUGGUGCUUAUCUCGGAUUAUGCUAACAAAUGGGACCCUUUGUUUUCUGAACUUCUUUCCUUGCUUGAAUGCCAAGCCGAAGACAUCCAAGAAGAUCUUGCGGACGCCAGUGUGGGCCAUUACCAAGUCAGUUUUGUGAAGUUAAUGUAUUCAGGGGGCCAUGAAAAUCUGGAUUAUUUUUCCGAGAUCGAUAACGUGAAGAAGUAUGCCGCAGAGAAUUUAAAACAGUUUUUGAAUAUUAACCCUCAGUUUUUGGGAAACAUCAGUGAAGUCAAUAAAGCGCACUUACGGGAAUACUUUCAAGUUGCUGGACUAUAA